AUGGCUAAUUUAUUCAACCGUGUUAAACCAACUAUUAUUUUUUGUACAAUAUUCGGACAAGGAAUACCAUAUUCAAAUACAAAGAAAUCAUCGUGGGAAUACUGGCUGUUGUUAAUGACAAACAUUGCCAUAAGCUCCUAUACUACUUUGACUCAGUACACUGUUAUUAUUUUACUGAUUCAUCAUGGUAUACGGACAAUAAACGAAGAAAUCACGACAAUUAGGCAAUGGAAAUCCUGUCGAACAAGAUGGAAGGAACUGAAGAACUUGGCUGAAUACCUUACCACUUCAGUAUUUGGUUUGGUUAUUAUCUUGUUUAUAUGGUGCUCAAUGGGUGAUGUACUGUUCUUCUGUAUUGUUACUUUUCAAUCAUUCAAAGCAAACAUGAAUUUCCGUUCAUACGUUGAAUAUGCUUCGCUGUACAUGAUACAUACCGGUUUCAAACUUAUGCCAUGUGGUAUUUUUGAGUUAUCAUUUAAUCAAUUGUUUACUAUAUUCACAGUGUUGGCUGCUUUUUUAGCGCUUCAAAUUCAAAUGAAAUUAUUAGAUAGCCAGGAAGUAAUUAUUUUGGAUUUUUAA